AUGGCUAGCCCUCCUGUGCUGGCUUUCGAUGCUGAGGGCCGCCCAGUGAAGUUCGAAACCUGGCUAGAUGACCUACACCUCUUCCUACAGCUCACUGCCAAGGAGGACAUCUCACUGUACGAUCACGCCCUAGGCCAUGCUCCUGCUCCUGCUGCUACUGCUGACAGCAGUGCCCGCUCACAGUGGCAGACUCAUGACGCCCACGCUCGCUUCGCUAUUCGCAACUCCCUGCCGAUAGAUGAGCGCGAGCACUUUGGGCAGCACAAGACUGCACAGGCACUGUACACUGCUGUCGUUGCGCGCUACUCCUCACCGGCCUCUGCCGCACUAGGCCGUCUCUCUCUUCCCUACCUGUUCCCUGACUUAGCCUCUUUCCACACAGUCGCUGACCUCAUUACGCACCUCCGCACUAGUGAGGCUCGCUUCCGCGCCGCCAUGCCUGAUGAGUUCCUUGCCAAGAACCCACCCCCACUCUGGCUCACUCUCUACCACCUAGUCACCCGCCUCUCUGACACUCUGCGCUCAGUGAGGGACCACUUCCUAGCUCGCUGCCCCACUGAGCUCACCAUUGCCCUCCUCGAGAAGGAACUCCUUGCAGCUGAGGCUAGCAUAGUCGCUGUAGGUGCCUCUCGUGGCGACCCCCGUACCCCAUUCUUUGAGGGGUGUUCUCCUUCCCCCCUUCUUCCCUCUGUCGCCUCUGCUGCUGCUGUCGACCUCCUUGGUGCUGAGAAGGUCGGGACUGCGUCUGCUUCGAGCGCGCGCCGCAGCGGCAAGGGCAAAGGGGGCAAGGGCGGUGGCGGUGACAGCGAGGGAGGCGGUGGUGGGGGCGGUGGCGGCGGUGGGGGUGGUGGCGCGACUGGAGGGGCUAGUGGCAGCGGUGGGGGUGGUGGCGGCAGCGGCGGGGGAGGUGGCAGGGGCGGAGGCGGUGGUGGGGGUGGCGGUGGACGCGGCGGCGGCAGGGGUUGGGGUGGUCGAGGAGGUGGCGGCGGCGGUGGUGGUCCACGGGGGGGGGGGGGGGGGGGUGGCUUUAGCUGCACGUACGUCAUUCGCACUGGUGACCGCACUGGUCAGCCGUGUGGGGGACCGCACGCCACACAGCGCUGCUUUGCUCGUCUCAACGACGCUUGGCGUGUUCAGUUCCCUCAGGCCACUGAGCUGCCCCGCUGGGUUGAUCUCUUGAAGAAGGGGAUUGAUAUCUAUGCUCUAGACUUUGAUGCUAUUCUCACUGCUAUGUAUGUGAUGUCUACUAGUGGAGAGGGUGCUGAGUACCUGUGUGUGCCGCCCGACCUGGGCAUUAGGACUAGUGCGUCUGCCGCUCCAGGUACUCGCGUGUCCGCUACCCCAGGUGCUGGUGAGGCAGCUGCUCUAGGUGCUUCUCGCUGCUUCUUUCGUGACUGCACUGCCCUUGAGCCGCUUGCUUGGCCAGUUGCUGUCUCCCUCGCUGACCCCUCUGGGGGUCCGGUCAUUACGACCUCCUCCACUGUCCUCCCCUGUCCUGCGGUCCCGUCGGGCAUACUGUCAGGUCUCCACCUCCCCUCGUUCUCUACGAACCUGGUGGCAGGAUGUGCGCUCCAGGACGGGGGUGUUCACCAGUUCAUCCCUGCCUACGAGCGAGUGACACACUACACGUGUGCUCGUACGGGCCGUCACUUGGCUACCUUCACUCGGCAGCCGGGGUCGGACCUGUACACACUGACCACUGAGUCCCCUCAGGUCGCUGCGUCUGCGUCUGCGUCCGCGUCAGGUCAGCUACCAGCCCCCUGCUCGUGUCGCUCUUUGGCACAUGAGACUGUCCUCUGGCACCACCGCCUUGGCCACCCGUCUGUGCAGCGCCUUCGUGCCAUGCACUCCCGAUACCUUGUCUAUGGCCUUCCCAGGGUCCUUCCUCCCCUCCCUCCCUCACCUGCUCCUCCCUGUCUUCCCUGUGUUGAGGGGCGGCAGCGCGCCGCUCCUCACUCCUCCUCGUUUCCCCCGACGACUGCUCCCUUGCAGACGCUCCACAUGGACGUGUGGGGCCCAGCCCGCGUCCGUGGUCAGGGUCAGGAGAGGUACUUCCUGAUAGUUGUUGACGAUUACUCGCGCUACACCACGGUCUUCCCCUUGCGCACCAAGGGUGAGGUCCCUGAUGUCUUGAUCCCUUGGAUCCGCAGAGCCCGUCUCCAGCUCAGCGAGCAUUUCCACUCGGACUUUCCUGUCCUGCGCUUGCACUCUGACAGAGGUGGUGAGUUCUCCUCCGACCUCUUGGCAGCCUACUGUGCUGAGCACGGCAUUGAGCAGUCGUUCACGCUUCCGGCCUCUCCACAGAAGAAUGGGAUUGCAGAGCGCCGCAUUGGCCUGGUCAUGGAGGUCGCCCGUACCUCCUUGAUCCAUGCGGCUGCCCCCCACUUUCUGUGGCCGUUUGCGGUCCGGUACGCUGCGCAUUAG